CUCUCUUCCUUGCCGCAGGUUGCUCGCCUUGGCUGCAGAUGAGCGAAAAGAGAAACCGGUGCAAAAAACCAAAAGGGAAAGAAGGCAGGGCAGGAGGGGGUGGGGAAGAGGGAGGAGGAGGAGGACUCCUUGGCUGGCGAAUUAUGCAUGCACUAAGCGAGCUCUGAGAGAAUGGCUGUGGAAGCUCUCCAUUGCAGUCUAAAUCCAAAUGGUAUCGAUCUCUCAGUCCAUACGGAAGGCAUUAACCUGCAACUUGAAGGUGAGAGGGUGGAAUCGUCCUCGCUUAAGAAGGAAAACUCAUCCAAGUUGCCUGAGUCGAAAGGAACGCCCAAGAGGCACCACGUAGAGCCAGAAGCUUCUAAGUCUAAUAUUGUGAAACUGACCAAGCCAGUAGCACUGUGGACCCAGCUGGAUGUAUGCAAGUGGCUGAAGAAACACUGCCCAAAUCAGUAUCAAAUCUACAGUGACUCGUUCAAACAGCAUGACAUAACUGGCCGGGCAUUGCUGAGGCUUACAGACAAAAAGCUCGAGCGGAUGGGGAUCGCUCAGGAAAGCUUACGGCAGCAUAUUUUGCAACAGGUCCUCCAGCUGAAAGUGCGAGAGGAAGUCCGAAACCUCCAGCUGCUGACACAAGCCUCGCUUGAGAGUUCUCCGUAAACGUCGCCAACCUCUAAAGCUGCUGCCCUGCCAGACGAGACGAAAGUGGACUUUCCCGUUGCAAAAAAAUGAAGUAUAAACAAUGGCACUACUGUAGGAAGGCAAGAACUGGAGUAGGACCCGAAAUCCCCAACUGCACCAUCGCUCUGAGAAGCCCCCAAAAUAUUGGUUUGCUUGCAGAUUUAAAUCGUGGUGUAACUCACAGCAAUGUUAACCUCUUCCAACUGGUCACUGAUGGACCUUUUCUGCUGCAAAAUGACUUCUGGUUGUCAUCACUGUGCAUAAAACUUCGGGGUUCCCACUAGGGGGACUCGUCGUAUCCUUCACUGAAAGUUCAUUUCUUUUACUCCUUUUCAAAAGCAUGGUAACUAUGGAAAUUAUUGUAUUGUAUGCAGGUGGCAUGAUAUUGGGGAGGGGGGAGAAGGGGUAGGGAAACACCAACUCUGCACACUCAGUGGCCAUGUUCACAAAUGUCUUUACACACUGAAAGGAAUGUAAACAUAUCCCAUCUGUUUAGUAACACACCUGAAUGGUAUCCCAUCUUACUGUGAAGGCUUUCCAUCUGUGAUCUCCACACUUGCAGAUUUGGGAGUGGUUAUGGAAAAGUCUCUGAGAAGACAAUCUGAGAAGUUUCAAGGGCCCUCACUGGGAUCGUAACCUGAGUGUAGCUCACAACAUGCGUGUCUUCACCAAUUUGUGUAGGGUGGAUUUGUUCACUUGCCUGAAAACUGUUAUGGCCCUUUUGGCACUUGAUUUAUAUAGUUAGUCAGAUGGAAACACAUAAGCAUCUUUGCUGGGACUCGUCCAUUAAAAUGCAAGGAGGGUCAUACUUCAGUUGUAUUGUUGCAUGUUAAAUAGUAGAGGAAAAGAAAACAAUCAAGGAAAACAUACUUUUUUUGAGAGAGAGAAUCCGUCUGUUUUUACAAUGAAGAAAGAUGUAACAUUUUUAGAACAGUAGAGCUGAUUGGCUAGUGUCAGAGCUGUCAUUGAUACACCUUCUCUCCAUUUCCAAAAUAAUUUUACAGUUAUUUUUAAUUGCUUGAGGAGCUUUGGCUAUUUUGUUGUUAUUAUUUUUAAAAAGAGAGAGAGAAGGUAAGUGAUGAUUAUAUAAAUGUGUAUGCGCCACUUCUUUUUUAAAAAUCAGAUAAAGGCAGAAACCCUGCCUGAUUAAGCCUGGUGGGUAAUCUAGUGUUUGACUUGCUGGUUAUAUUUGUUACAAAGAUAAAUUUCAAAGCUGGGGCCGCACUACAGAGGAGGAGCCUAUCAUGGCCACUGUUUAAAUGUUCCAUCUAUCUUCAACCUUAGAAAUGAGUAAGUUACGAGUAAGAAGACUUGAAAAAACAGUGGUCUCCGUUUCCCCACCCACUCCCCUUUUUCCUUCCUUUCUUUUGGUUCUGAUGUCCAUGGAGGGGUUUUAUGGAUGACAUGGCUGGAGCUUUAGGAAUCAAUUCUGACACUGUAGUUAAAUGUGAACAGCUGCCAAGACUUUUGUGGUGUCUCUGGAGGAUUGAAGCCUUCAGUGAAUCAGUGGAUGCCCAACUGUCACUGAGAAGAUCACUGUAUUUUGGUUUCUUCCUUGGCACCAGGUCACCCCCUCCUUCAGGCCAUCUAUGAAUUGUCCCCAAAUUCUGUUCCCUUGGCAACCCAUCGUUAGGACUUUCAAAGCAGACUUCCUAAGGGUACUAGGAGUCUAUGCAUCUUCAGUAGAGUGGGGGGGGGGGGUUGCAGGAGGGGAGGUGCUACGGAGGGACAUCCCUCGGGUUCCAUGAAGCUGUUGUGUUUGGAAUCACUUCAGGCAACCCAUUUUUGCACAGACGUCUCUUUGCCUUGCUUACCCUUGCAGACGAUUGUCGUAGCAAAAAUUGAGGUCAAGUCUCACUGUUCGCUUCCAACUUAACCGUAACUGGCUUAAGACUGUUGCAUCCCAAGUGGAGCAUUGUCCUCUCCUGUUGACCUUCUGUGUGGCCAAAAUGCUGCAGACUGCGGCUUAAUCUUCAUUCAUGACAAUGCCAAGAGAGCAUGAUUUCUUCCUAACAUCUUGCUUUUAGUUCCUCCUGGAAACAGCACUCUUGUGUUGCAAAAGAUAGUCGUAGCACCCAUAAGAAACUAAGUGGUUGAUCCUGGUAGUCCCAAAACCCAACACUGUGGGAAUCUACAGUCUCUCUCUCUCUCUCUCUCUCUCUCUCUCUCUCUCUAACUCUGUUAUUGAGAAGAUUUGCAUAUACCUAUAGGUAUCACAAUAAACCUUUGUGUCCUGCGUUUUGAGCUUCUCAGUGUUUCAAAUUGCACCUGAAGCCAAAAUGAGAAACCAGCUAUUACCUGUAUUGCCAUAUAUUUCUUUUCUAUUUUAUUCACAUUUAUUGCCUGCCCUUUACUACAGUCUCAGGGUGGGUUACAAUAAAACAUGCAACAUUAAAAUCAUGACAGUAAAACAGUAAAAAUCAUGACAGUAAAACACAAUAAAACACAACUCUAAAAUCACAAUAAAACUAAUUAAAAAUGCAAUAAAAGCCCACUCUAAAAAGCCCAUUGUAAAUGCCCAGACACAAUCUAAAAUUUUCCACACCCACCACACCCACCCCCCAAAAAGGGGGGGAUACGGAUGUCCUUGGGGGCCCUCCCAGCAGGGUGGAGGAUCAGGCAAAUGCCUGGGUGAAGCGGGUGGUGUUUGUCAGGCGCCAAAACUCCAAGAGAGUAGGAUCAGGUAUCUUGUUCCACAAAUCUAUUUUCCUUCUUAAGAACCACUUGCCAUUCACUAGUUUCAAUGGCUAGUCUAGAUAUAGCAGCAGUUUUCAGAUUAGGCACAGCACAAGUAAUUCAGUAUUUGCACAUUUGCUAAAUCACAAAUCUCUUUAUUGGUGCAUUUUUCAGAGCGUUGCAUAACAUUUUAUCACUGAUCUGGUUUGAAGGAGAAACUGAAAUUCAUCCCAACGGCCAACUUUGUUACAGCCUGUGGUCAAGACGAUAAAAUACAUCAUUUUCUUAAUCUAGUUGUGAGGCGCUACGAUGCUUGGCCAUGUUUUGUUCAUCUUAAUCAGGAUCUUCAUUGGUGAUCUUCUUUCCCAGAUUUAGUACGUUCUGCUGCAUUUGAGAGUGAGUCUUUUAAAAAAUAAAAAAAAACUAUGAGCCAAUACAUGACAUAUAAAAUGUGAUGAGAGGAAUCCUGGUAUAGCAGAACAACCUGCAACAGCUGCCAGAUUGGCAGUGGAAAAAAUGGUUGUGCAGCCAGAUGUUUGCAGGGGGAUCAGAGAAAGGAAAUGAGAUGAAAUGGAUAAAGGAAUAGCCUCACGGGGGUUCAUCAUUCCGCUAGUGUUACAUAUGACGACUGCUGAUAACUUACACCCGUAGAGAAUCAUGUCAACAACUAGAGCCUCUGAUUGUUGCCAGUAGUGAUACUCUUACAGCUGUGCACCUAACUGCUUACUUCUUGUGCUCUCCCAGCAGCAGUUGGUACUGCACAACAUCUGUAGGUUAGAACAAAAUGCGAGUCCAGUUUUGUUGGGUCUUUCAAAGGCUCCCGCGCUCCAGUUUUGUAGAACCACCAGUCUCCUUUGGUAAUCCAUUUGCAGACUCUUAAUUGACUGUUGACAGAAAAAAAGGAGUCUUGCUAAAUUAGAUGGAUGUUUUUCCAAGGCCACCAACAGUUCGUCUUCCACUGUGGCCAAAUAGAUGCUUCUGAAGUUUACAAGGAUGACAAGAAGGGUGUUGGCUUUCCCCAGUUUCUUCCUAGCAUCUGGGAUCCAAAUACUUGACCAUCUUGUCUUUGACCCCUGCUUCGCCAGCCCCUUGGUCACUUGCAUCAAAGAACAAUGUAACAACAAAGGAGGACAUGUCUUGUUCUAAUUAUAGAGCAUGUCCUUUGUGCAUGUUAGUCCCAGGGACAGUGUCAAGGAAGGACUUUCAUCUGAGACCUCAUGAGAGCUGCUGCCCAUUACAGUUGUGUUCAAUAGGGACAGUGCUAUAAACUGACCUAGUUGUGGACCUUCCCAUUUUUGUUUGUCAACGCCCAACUCAAGCAAAGCGAACAAUUACAAGAUCUUCCAAUAUUUGACUAUUGUCACUGUGUUCCACCUCACCAUCCGCUUAAUUUUCUUAAGACGGAGUUCCUUUAGCCUUUCUUCUUUGGGUGUGUUGUUGGUGUAGCUCUCCUCUGAAUUCUUUCCAUUUUGUCAGUAUUCAUAACUGAACGUCGAUCUCCAGACAUGACUUCAUUUUCAAUGAGGAACUCUUUUCUCUGUUGACUCGUCUGCUGAGGAAACCUACAAGUCUACCAAUAAAACCUUAAAUGUGCUGUAAAGGAUUCUAGAGCAGUGGGCUUCCACCUUUUCAGGACCCCACUGAGCUUCAAGCACAUGACAUCAAAGUCACAUGACGCCAACAUUGUGAUCUCACGAGUGUUGAGAUGAAUAUCAUAGGCAGCAGAUCAAGAGUGCUUGGGACAGGAAAUACAAGCUAAGCUUCAGGUGAUGUACCUUAAUGAAGUUCAAGCUCAGAAGACCACCAUGCAGGCGAAACAUUAGGAACAAGCUCCACUGGACCACAGUCACACAGCCCGGAAAACCCACUAGGACUGCAUGAUUGAGUGUUGGUUGUUAUGCUUUCAGCCAGAUGACUUCCAUUAUUUGAUUCUUGCACAGAGGUUCGGUGUGUGGGUGCAUCACCUGAGGGCGGUCAGCAUCCCCUCGACUCCACAAAGGCAGAUGUGAUCUUUAACAUGGAAGGGGUGUACCAUCACUUCUGGGACACCUGCUGUCAUGCCCAGAGGGCAGGCGACGCAUUGUUUGCAAACCUGGAGCUAUUGCCACUGUUGCGAGACAUGUGUGGUGACGGUCUACAGCAGUCGGGAGAUGUCCCAAAGGAGGAAGUCGCAUGGCGACUGGUGUGAGAGGGCAGGAUUCUGCUAGGGCCCCAGGAGAAGCUGGAUGAGUUCGGAGUGUGGACCUGUGAAUAUAAGUUGAUUAUGGGACUGGACUGGACAGCGGAGGGUUGCCUGAGGCACCUGCUGUAGUAUUUUUUCAUGGAAGGCAAGAGGGCGACAGUGGGAUACAGUGGGCAGCCAUCUACCUGCUUUGUGUGCGGCAGCUGCAACCACCUGCGCCAAGACUGUAUGUUUCACCUGUGUUCGUGAUAUGGCGGUAAGGGGCACCGCUCGGAGACCUGCACCCAGCUGGUGCGCUGUGCCGCUUGUGCGGGGAGGAGGGUCACCCAUACCAGUGGUGCCCCCACAGCUGGCUCAACAUGUUGUGUUUUAGCUGAACCAUCAAGGAGUGGCCUCCUCAGGAUCUCCACUGAUGCAGUGGCAUGAUUUGCAGUUGUGUGACUGCAGUGAACCUAUUUCCAAAUUUGGAGACAGUAAGGCAGCAGCUAUUGAUAACCUGCAUCCCACAAGUCCUUUGUGACUUCACCCAUGUUCAUCACUGAGCUCAAGAGUCUAGAAGGGGCGCAGGGGGUGGGGCGCCUGGAGAAGGAGCUGUCUCUGGGCGCCAUUCCCCGCCCCCCCCCCCACACACACACACACCUCUGCAGGCUACCCCUAGCCCUGUUUUCAUCAUCACCAAGGCUUCUUGAGAAGCAUCUUGGCAGAGUUGUGUGUCUUCCACAAUUCUGCACAACCCCAUUGUCUGUGCCUUGGAUUUUGUGCUAGGUGGACCAUUCGGGAUCCUGAGCGUUUUUGCCCAUGGCUGUAAAACAGACAAGCUUCAACAUGUUUGUGCAGUUCCUGGUUGCAGUCUCAGAAGGUGGAAAGAGAUGUUGAACAGGAUCUUGGGGGUGAGUAUGUGACUUCAGUGCUGUGCGUCGCAGAUCCAGGUUAAAUUAGGCAAGUUAAAGAUAUACCCACUUGUUCCAAGAGCAUCAUUGAAACAGGCUGCGGAAUUCAACUUUUGAUGCAGAAUCUACAGCGUCUUUGUUCCGGAGCUGAUGCAUUUAAAUUUUUGUCUGAAUCCUAUUAUUGCAGCUCCGUGCCUGUGAUAAAAGCAACGUCUGCUUUUUAAAUUUCUGCCCAGCGUAAAGCAGAAAGAGCACAGGCGUCCUGCCAGAAAAGACGGUUGGGGUUUGGCUGCAUUCUUGUGGAUUUCUUUAAGCAGGGACAGUUCCCAGCUGGGUUUCAGCCGAAAAUGACAACCAAGUUUUGCUGAAUCUGGUCUGCAGUUUGAUUAACGGUGUCAUGGUCAUCUCUGCCUGGGUCCCUGCAAUCAGUUGCUCAGUGUGUUCUUGGAAAUCUGACUUCACAACCUGUGGGUAUUAAUGCCCCUCUUUUUUGUGAAUGUUUCAAGUCACAAUUAUCCACUCGGUGCUAGGAGGUGAGCAGUACUUGAUUUAUGUUGCUAUUGGGAACCCAGAGAUUAGUGCAGAUCAGUAGGCCAAAUUCAGCUACUCCUCACCAUGACUGGUUUGAGCUCUCUGCCACGUUGGCCAUUAAAGCUUCCAGACUCAGAAACCCCCUUGCCAAUCCACUCUAGAUUCACUAACAUAUGAACCAUCUAGCAAGCAGAAUAUCACGGUGGGUUAGUGGGUAGAGUAUUCUGGUUCAAGUGCCCACUCUGCCAAGGAUCUCACCCUUGAGCAGAUCACGCUCAGAUUAACCUACCUGUCCCCAAAAACUGAAACAAACUCCAUGUAAAGAACAGAGGUUUAUUCAUGAUCUGAAGAAGAAGGAGAAGAAGGAGGAGAAGAAGAAGAAGAAGAAGAAGAAGAAG